GCCGCUCCCCAUCCAUGGCUUCGGAGGCGGGCGCCGCUCCUGUCCCCAUCCAUGGCUUCGGAGGCGGGCGCCGCCCCAUCCGUCCGCUCUGCCCCUCAAUUCCUCUUCCCCGAAGGAACAGCUCCACCGCCGGCGCUCCAUCCCUCCGCUCCUCCCCUCAACUCCUCUUAUCCGGGCGCCUCCACCCCGUGCGUUGAGCAGCCGGUGUCCGGCAAGAUCUUUGUGGAACCGCUCGAGCCCGUCCAUGUCUGUGAGGAGAAGGGAAGCAGUCCAGUUCGGAAGAAGGAGAAGGACGGCUGCCAGAUUCGGGAGAAGAAGAGGCGGAAAAAGGGCAAUAAUAUUUCUGCUCCAUCAAUAGAAGGAACGAUACUGCCUGGUAUAACAAGGAAGAGUACCAUCGAAGUUGUUGAGAGCAAAGACUACAAGGAAGAAAUGAGGCUGUAGUAUGUCCUUGAUCAGAUGAACAAGAACUUGAUGUAAAGUUAUGAUCGUCCUUGAGUGCGAGAGGCUAUGCUCAUGUUGGAUUGUAUCCAACUUAACUCAGCUCCGUAUCAUUGGUUAUGACUUGUGAAGUGUUGUUUUGAACUGCUUAUACAUAUUUUGUAAUGGAUUUUCUUAUUUGUUAGCUUAUGACAAUUGUCACUUAAACUGUGGAUUCUGUGGUGUUAAAGUUAACCUCUUAAAUUUGUUUAUGCUCAGUUUACAUUGUGUCUUGUCUA